AUGGAUAUUGCUGUACUAGUGUACUACACACACUCCACAGGUUCACUUUACACGUCCACCGUGCUGAUGGGCUUUGGGCAUAGGAUUCAGCGAAGCCCCGAUAUUGUCGUACGUCGGCGAAAUAACCGAACCGAGACUCAGGGGAUCGAUGGCUUCGUUGGCGUGUACAUCGUCUAUGCUUGGAGUGUUGUUGACUUACAUUUUGGGAUAUUUAUUCGAAUGGAGAACCUUCGCAUUGCUGAGUACACUUUGUCCGAUCACGUGCAUAUGCCUUGUGAUUUUCAUUCCAGAGUCUCCAGUGUGGCUGGUUUCCUAAGCGAAAAAUGA